ACAAGAAAAUCCUCGACCCGUGAUUGUGUGUCACUCGUUCUUGACUUUAUAUGCGCCCAAAACAGACCCCAAAUUACUGCCAUAGAACAUAAAGGGCAUUCUUUUCUCUACACACAAGUUCACCUAAAAAUCAGAACAAUGUCGUUCCUCUUCGGAAGGAAAAAAACGCCAGCAGAAAUGCUGAAACAGAAUCAGCGGGCGUUGAAUCGAGCCAUGAGGGAUCUCGAUCGGGAGAGGGGGAGGCUAGAAUCUCAGGAGAAGAAAGUGAUCGCAGAUAUCAAGAAAAUGGCAAAACAGGGGCAGAUGGAUGCAGUUAAAGUGAUGGCCAAGGAUCUUGUCAGAACGAGGCGCUACGUCAAAAAGUUCAUUAUGAUGAAAGCCAACAUCCAAGCAGUGGCAUUGAAGAUACAGACCUUGAAAUCGAACCAGGCUAUGACGGAUGCAAUGAAAGGGGUAACAAAGGCUAUGUCGACCAUGAACAGACAGUUGAAGUUACCUCAAAUCCAGAAGAUCAUGAUGGAGUUUGAGAAGCAAUCUGAGAUUCUUGACAUGAAGGAGGAGAUGAUGAAUGAUGCAGUAGAUGAUGUCAUCGGUGAGGAAGAGGAUGAAGACGAAAGUGACGUUAUUGUAUCUCAAGUUCUUGAUGAGCUGGGCCUGGUAAUGACAGAUGAACUUACAGCCAUUCCUGGUACAGGAGGAGCUCUAGCUCAGCAGAAAGCCCAGCAACCUGCAAAACUAGCCGUAGCUGAAGGUGGUGAGGCUGACGACGAUCUGCAGGCCAGAUUAGACAACCUCAGGAGGGAAUAAAUAAACUGUAAAUUAGUUGUAUUUUGUAUAUAGAGACAGAGAUGGAGGGAGUGUGUGGUCGGUCGGGGUGUAACAUGCGGGAAUAGGACCCCUUGCAUAUGUAACAUUAGCGAGAGACUAUUAAAACAAAGAUGGCGACUUACACAAAGUUUACUUUACACCAAACCAAAACUAGACACAUGAGGGGCGGUAUGACAAUAUAGCAUACGGCAAGUUCAAUUGCGCUCCAGGGGUAACCAAAGGUUUAGGCUGGUAGACCAUUGGGUAACUACUGCUGACCAUUUGGAACCAGCCUAAUGAGCAUAGUUUCUUCUGUGGUACCGAUAGCCUGUUCAAUGCUAACAUGUGGAUAGCACAGAAGGGAACUAGUGACACUAACGCAAAAAGGCUGAAGGCAAUGGAGUGUUGAUUACCGUGGUACCGAUGGUUGACUAGGCUUCCAAUCGAGUCAUUCGAGCGAGUGUGUCACUGCGGAUAUACGUUGCCGGUCAGUAGUCGACUAAAUGUGCGCACUCGAACUUGCUCAUAGAUGUAUAUUGGGUAAAUGUGCGCACUCGAAUGAUCUAACUUGGCUUACUCUACAAUAGCCUGAACAUCACACAUCAUACUUGGAGGCUUGUGAAUACCGCCAGAUACCAGCCUUGAGCACCUGGCGGAAUCCUGCCAGAUGAACCUUUGACCUUGCAUCCCUUUCACACAUGUACACACAUUACACUUGAUUACAUGCAGACAUUACUACACAGUACAUGACUGAUGGUACAGUUAACUGCCUCUGUAUGUUGCUGACUAACUACUCCUCUUCAAAGCAGACCAAUCAAAACGCGGAAAUUGAAAGCUUACGUCACUGCGAGUUUAUCCAACUGAUUUCAUUGGGCGAAGACCGGUGCCUGUCAUUGUCCUUGCGGAUAUAGACAGGGGACCAGACUAACUCUACAGCAUCACAAGCAUAAAUAGCGCCCUCACUGAGCUCCAAAGAAAAUCUGUCGGUACAUGUAGUUGAGAGUUGUGCAUCGCAUGGGCACAUUUCCAUCUUUUGAUCUUGGUAUUAUGCAGGCCCAUGUUAGGGGUGUAUUUAAAACUUAAAGUUAAAACUCAUUUCAGCCCUUUUUAUGUUUGCAUCCUGCUGAAAGGUUAUGGCCAAAUGGCUAAUGUCACACAACAAAAACUGUUGUGGUACCCGCUGCUAAAAUAUAGGAUUCAAACCAGUGCCGUUGAAUUGCAAAGGUCGUUGGUUCGAAUCCCA